UUGUAAAGAUUUUAAUCAUUUUUGUGAAAAGGAUAAUAUCACCGAGGACGAUUUAAUGUUUCCUUCUGAUGUCGAUUAUGAAUAUAAUCGAUCGAUAAUCGAUAAAUAUGGUAUUAGAGAAGAGGAUAUUUUACAUGAUUUUGCAUACAAUAAUAUUGCAUUUCGAACAAUUCAAACAGAUGAAUUAUUAAGACAGCGAAACUGUUAUUCUAUUGACCCUGACGAUUACGUGAAAAAGAAUAUGAAUAGACAAGAAUAUGCGAGUAUAGAAAUGUACAAUAUAGAUAUAAGGUUAAUUGGUUCAAUUAGAAUAAAAUUCAAUCCUGAAGAAACGAUUUGGCCAAGUAACCCAAUUGGAAUCGUAGCGGCAGUACAUUCUAAAGAUGACAUCAUCAAUCCAUUUAUAAGCGGAAUUCCUAUGACUCCCGGAAAUAGAUACAUCGUCCAGUUAACACCCAUUCUGAAAACUCUUUUACCUUCUCCAUUUAGCACAAACUGUAGAAACUAUAUCAAUUCAUCAAACAAUUCAUUUUUAUUCACUCGUAAUUACUGUUUUGCAGAAUGUAGAAAAAAACUUUGGCUGGAAAAAUGUGGGUGCUUAUCACCCGAAUAUCCAUUUGUUACUGACGAAGAAAUCUGUGAUAUAAGUACAUAUGUUUAUGAAUGCCUUUCUUCAAUAAACUUGACAUUAUGCUUGGAUAAAUGUCGAAAACGCUGCAAGUAAGUAUUCUAUUGUUUACUUUCAAGUAAAUCCCGUAAAAAACUGGUGGAACCAGGUUGAAAAAGUAAAGCUCAGCAAAAACACCUAAAUAAAGGAAACUUUUGAAAGUUUUGUCAAGAAUAUUGGAAGCGGAUUUCACAGUAAGGGUGCGACUAUGCAGAUGCGAGCGAGCGAGAAUAUGUGGCGAGAAGAGGCGAGACGCGAUAAAUAUCAAAACCUGUCAGAUGAACCAGAAAUUUGCUCUCGCUAGCGUUAUUUCUCGCUUCUCGUUUGUGCAUGGUUUUCCUUUGCGAAAACUAAAUCGCUCGCAACCUCUCGCUCGCUCUAAAUUCGCGUCUGCAUAGUCGCACCCUAAGGCUCAACAUGUAAAGAAAGUUUUGGAUGAAGUAAUGUUAUCGUGAUAAUAAAUCGGAAAAAUAAACAUCAUUACAGAAAAAGGCUUCGAGCUUUGUGCCUCAAACUUCCUUCGCUGAUAUUAUUCAAAGAUGUUCUAACGUUCGGCCAACUUAUUAUCGGUGUAACGACUUUAAGGCACAAAGUAAAGCUCGAAGCCUUUUACUAUGACAAUGCUUAUUUUUCCGAUUUAUUGUCGUGGUGACAUUGCUUCGUCCAAAACUUCGUAUAGUUAUUAUCUGUGUAAUGUGCAAUUUCUUUACAUGUUAAGCCUGUGAAAUAUGGAUCCAUUCUCAUGCCACAGCUUUCAAAAAGUUUUCUUUAUUU